CCUGAGUGUUCCAUCCAUCCCGUCCGCCGUCCAGGUGAACCAACCUUCCGCAGUGGAUAUAGUUGCUUGUCCAUCCGGAAGGAUUCUGUGCCUAAGCCUGCCUACCUAACUGUAUGUUCCGUACCCUGAUUUGCUUUCCUUCGAUCUACCACCCGUUGGAUUUUGGUUGUACUUCUUCCCUUCAUUCCCCCCACGACCUCUCUCUCUUCCUCUCUCUUGUGGACUUCUCCCUGCCUUCAUUUAUUCUUCUUCUUAUUCUAGUCUUCUCCCAGCACUUGUUCCUCUCUCAUUCUAGUUCUGGCAUUUUCCCCCAAAGCACCAAUGUUUUCCAAUGAAUUCUAUCACUCACCAGCGGACUCGCAUGUUCGUCACAGGCAGCUGAACGAGUCUGUUUCAUCUAGUUGGAGACUCCCUUCACCAGCCUCUGCGCCUUUCGUCCUGGAUCUUGCCCACCUGGACGACUCAGCUCAGGUGAAAUCUGCGAAUCCAUCAGAAACGACCCUUGCAUCGACUCUGCCAGGCUGGUUUCCUGGGAUCCCAAGUCCGGGCUCGGUUUUCAGUUCUCCUCGCAGUCAGAGGUCCAGCAUUAGCUCAGUCGACGGACAGAGCCAUCUAUCAUCCUUACAUCCGAAUCAGUUCUUAGCCAGAACGCCUUUUCCAUCGGAACUCAUCUCUCGGGACUGUGAACCAGCAAGCUCUCCUUUAAGCCUGGUCCGAAGAAGUCCACAGCAAGCCGUUGCAGAACCCUCACAGACGUCAGAUUACCGAUUUUUACCUCAGUCGAUGCAUCCCGGAUCAGUAGCAUUUCUAACAACCAACAUGGCACACAACUCUCAGAAUUACAGCUGGCAAAACAGGCCGCCGCAGCCUCUCCAUCCCACUUCAAUGGCCAUGGACCAGCACUCAUAUCCCCAAGCACAUGCUCUGCCGCCGCAGCAUGGAUACCCAUCUGCAUAUCAACCUCCGCACACUAGCUCCCAGGGCUUUUAUCAGCCGGGACUCCCCUCGUCACAUUACCUUUCCUCGCAGCCGGGUGUGCCACAGAGCCGGCACCAACCUCGAAGCUCCUCCAUUCCUUACCCAUACCCCAGCGCUUCUGUGUCCGGCAGUCCACCCACAAUCCCGGACCCAGCAUUCACAUCAACACCUCCUUCCUACCUAGUCAACCAACCAGACUACUACUUAACACCAAACUCUUCGCUCUCACAAACCCCCAACUCCAUGCCCCAACCGCACACCCUGAUGCCUGCAGGCACCGUAUACUCCUCUCCCGAUUCCGCUCCCAGCUCCUCAGAUCAAGAUCAACAAGUUCGGGUCAUCAGCUUUCGACCUAAACCUCAAUGUUGGGACCACGGCUGCAAUGGUCGUGAAUUUUCGACCUUCAGCAACCUACUCCGACACCAACGGGAAAAAUCAGGGGUGGUUGCAAAAGCAGAAUGCCCCAGUUGUGGUGCGGUAUUCACACGCACCACUGCCCGGAACAUCCAUGUUGCUCAGGGGAAGUGCAAGGGCAUAGCCAGGGAGCCAUCCGCUGAAUAAGUGCCCUAAAGGCACUAGCGUCAGGGGCUAUCAACGAGACAUGCGUCUAGCAUGACAAGGGCAACGCCUAAUCAUCGAAUACGGGCUUACACCCAGAGGUCGGGCAGCAGUUUAACCUGCAGCGUAUUCUACCAUCACCCGUCUGGGCGACGGACUCAGAACAGAUACAUCUGUCAUCUGUACAGAUGGUGUGGGGAUCAGAAGAGGGAAAGACCCACACGGACUUGGCCGAAGGACACUGCGAGGAGUGUCCACUUUUGCAUAUCAACUUCUCGGAACGAAUAUUCUUGCAUGUGUCGUUUUCUUAGUUGCAUUCGUUUAAUACCCUGUGAAUACCUUGCUAGAUAGCCAGCUUGAAUUUUUAGGUAAAACUUUGACCCGUACCCCUGCAAUACAUGGUCGUCAAGAAGAG